AUGGCGUUUCGGCGCUCUCCAGAACGAUGGGCUAAUGUGCUGGAGGUUGGAGAAGCGAGGCGGGAACAUGCCGGGUUGGAGGAGGGCAUGACCCAGAUGGACUCCUUUGACAUCCAGGGAUCCAGGGGGGCAGCGAAGUGGCAGCCGGGACCCGAGGUCGCCGAGCAGCUCUCUUGGUACAGCCAGAAUCUGAAGGAGAAGACCGGGCACAUGAAGCAGAUGACCCAGGAGUUGGAGAUGUACCACAAUCAGGUCCAGGACCUCAAGGAAGAGAUCGAGCGUCACAACAAGGACUUCCAGGGUACCAAGCAGGCCUACUUCCAGAUGCUCCGCGCGCAGCUCAAGAGCCAAUCGCAGGCGAUGUCUUCGCAGGUGCAAGAGUGA